UAAGCUGUUGUGCGGAGAGCUGCUUUCAGUGAGCACACACGAGGAAGCUGACGGACACAUGUUUGUUUGGUAGUUCUAAAGUAGGUUACUUUAGAUGUAGUUUUAAUGCGGUGCAACAAAUCAGACAUUCUUAAGCGGAGAUGUCAGCGUCAUUGAUCAGGAGAGGCCUGGAGCUGCUGAAUGAUGAUAUUAAAGACAUCAGUCAAGUGAAGAAGAAGCAGACCCCCAGUUCGGCCGCAGUGAUGGAUCUGGUCAGCACCAACCGGCAGGGGGUCACCAAACAGGUCAAGAGGCUGCAGGGUCGCCUCGGGCCGGGGAAAAGCAAGGCCACAGUCAAAGACAAGCGGAUCAGAUCAGCAGUGGAGGAUUUUAGGAAAAAACAACGAAAGAGCCACCUGGACGCCAAUCUGAAGUACUUUUUGGAAACGGCAGGCAAAGCAGAAGCCUCUGAUACAAAGAAGAUUUUGGGGCACAGUAGAGGGAGGCAGUCAAGAAAUCGCCCGGACAAACCAGUGAUAAAGUCCAGGGAGGCUCAGUCGUUGUUCACGGAGGAGGAGUUCCAGCAGUUCCAGAGGGAAUACUUUGGCAGAACUGUGGAGGAAAAGAAAUGACACCAACUCUGAGGGGAAACAUAAAAAAAGGACGCAAACCACAGAGGAAGCAGCCCGGACUGUGAUGUGUGGAUCAAAGUGGAUUUUUCAGCGAGACUGUAGUAGAAUUUAGUUCCACUGCACUCCACAGAAAUACUUUAUUACCGAAACAGGAAAUACAAAGUAUUUAGAAGUGGAGUGUGCAGGUUUAUCAGAUAUUUCAAAACUUACUGUGGAAAACAGUCAUGGAUGAUUUGUGCACGUUAUGUUUUUCUAAUUAAAAAAUGAUGAAGAAAAGAAAUCAUGUUUGAGUUCAAAUACUUGACACAAUGUUACAGUGUGAAGUAUUGCACUAUUUCUACUGUAACCUCCCCUCUUCGUGUUGCACUUUCACUUCUGCCCGAAGAUACAAAUCCUGCUGCAAUUGAGGUCAUAUUGGGAUUUGAAAAAGGUGGAAUUUUUGUUCCCGUUUUUCUUUUGUUUUAAACCCGAUUCUUGAUACGUAUAAAAAAGCUUAAUAUAUAUUUUUGAGUGAUAAAAACUGAGUUGUUGCUGUCAUGUCUAGGGUCUAU